ACAAGCGGUAAGUUAUCCUACCCUCAACUUAGCUUGAACGGCACCUGGAGGCUGCUUCUUUGGCUUGAAAACUUCAAGCGUACCGAAGGCGUGAAGUCUUGCGCGUGAAGACGCACCAUGGAUACACGCAAGGAUGAAGCAGUACCAUUUCUCUCUCCCGAAGAGGAUACCACUCCUUCCAACAAGUCAAAGCGCACAUUUACAACACGAAGCUGCUUGGUCCAUCUGCUGGUCUGCUGCACUUACAUCGCUGCCGUAACCCUGUUCGCAUUCUCAAGAACACCAUACAAAGUAUGCUUGGAGAAAAGCACGGAAGCAGGCAACCUGGACCUUUAUUCGCGUGAAGCCAUCCGCUACCACCUCGACAUCAUCGACCUCGACGCGGGCCACUUCGAAUUCUCCCCCAACCCUUUCGUUGGCGACCCGCGACCCGAGCUUGAUGAAGCAUGGGAUGAACUCCUCCAGAACAUCCAUAUUCGGGUGACGCCCACGGAGUUUUCGGCCUUGAAACCGCAGCUUAAUCGGAGUUCGUUGAGAUUGUCGGAUGGAGAUUAUAUCAUAAGACUGGGAGUAUAUCAUGAGCUGCACUGCUUGAAGUGGAUACGGAAAUGGAUUCAUCGGGACCAUUAUUGGGCGGACCUUGAGGGCGCCGCCUUAGAUGAGAGGAAGUGGCAUAUAGAACAUUGCCUCGAGCACUUCCGCCUCCGAACGAUAGCAACAGCUUCCCUCUCCCCCGCAACCUUGCACUUCGGUUCGCAAAACGGCGCCCGCACUCUCGAAGUCAACGGCCGCCACAUGGUCAAAGCAGUUGAUUGGGACAAGCUCCAAGCCUGGACUUCGGAGCGGAAAGUCGAUCUCGCUGCCAUCGAUUGGUCGACAUUGCUGCCAGAAUAAUCGCCGAAAGCGAUUAGAGGCUUCUGUUCUAUCCUAAGUCUGGUAACUAUCACAAGAUACCAACAUUCGUCCCGCUCUUCCACCGUCCCGCCCACUUCCGCAACUCUGUCCAAUCCCGACACACCCGCUCACUACCCCACCCUGUCACACCGCCCAACUCCGCAUUC